AUGCCGGGCCAGCUUUGUAACGAGCGCCAGGCGGAACGCUGGACGGCCCGCGUCAUACCGUUCUUUAUUCUUGGCCUAUUCGGCCUGGGCACCUAUGCUGUUGUCGCCCGCAUCUGCAUCGACUAUCUCUAUCGUCACAAGGGCCAGCAUGGCACCGCAGUCGCCCUAUUAGCCCUCCACUUUGUCUUCCUCUUCGCCGCCAUCCCGCCGUACGUGCGCACCGUCGUCACCACCCAGCGCAACCCGGGAUCGGUCGGCUUCAACGAUCGUCGCCAAGCCGCCGAGGACCAGCGCCGCGCCCUGCCCAAGCGCGAGCGGCAGGACGUCGAGGCCCAGAACACAUGGACGAGCAUCGACCAGGACCCGGACAGCCCCGGACUGGAGGCCUUCUACACCAAGGACGUCUUCGUCUGCGAGGCUGACGGGAGACCCCGGUGGUGCGCCCUGUGCUGGAACUGGAAGCCCGACAGGGCCCACCACUCGUCGCAGCUGGGUCGCUGCGUGCGCAAGAUGGACCACUUCUGUCCCUGGGUAGGCGGCAUGGUGGCCGAGACGUCCUUCAACUUCUUCUUCCAAUUCACCUUCCACGCAACGCUCUACGCGUCCGUCUGCCUGGGCGCAUCGGCCUACGCGCUGAGCCUCCAGGUGCGCGAGGGCAUGUCCCUUGACGGCCGGGUGGUGGCCGCGCUCGUCGUGGCCGCCCUGUUCGGCUUCUUCGCCCUGGGCAUGACGCUCUCGUCGGGCAGGUACAUACUCGAGAACAAGACCAACAUCGACGCGCUCGCCCGCCGGCAGCAGUUCUACCUGGCCAUCCGCGUUCCCCUCGACACCCCCUCGGCCCCCGGGUACUGGACCGUCACCUACCCCCUCCCGCGGCCCAGUGAGGUGCCCGAGCUCUUCGACGACAUCCAGUCGCGCAGGGACCACCACGCCAGGCGCACCUUCGCCAUCGUCCAGACCCAGCCCGGCGAGAACCCCUGGGACCUGGGCGUCUGGCGGAACGUCAAGUCCGUACUGGGGAGCAGCCCGCUCGAAUGGCUGCUGCCUAUACGACACUCGCCCUGUUGCAGGCACGACAGCCCCGAGAGCGACUACGAGAUGAACGACGCGCUCAUGGAGAAGCUCCACUCGCGGUAUAACCUACCACGGUUCAGACCCGAGUCUGCGGCUACCACGGCCACGGGGGCACCGCUACGCGAAAAGGCUGCUUGA